GCUGCGAGAGACUGUCCCUCAGACAAAUACCUGGCGUGGAGCGUGUAUAUGCACCUAUCAAAUACUCACGCUUCUUCAGAAACCUAGCAUAAGCUCUACGGAAAGACCUUCGAGGCUGUCAACCAUCUCGAGGCAUCAAGCCGGCGGAGGCCAGCGGAGAUGUGCCUGGAGCUUUUGGGUUCACUACGCCCUUCUUGACCCUCUGGUGGAUACUCUAUCGCUGACCACAGUCUCUCAAAUUAGUGUUAUAAGUUCGAGGUCGCCUUGAAACCCCUGAUUUGUCCUCGAGGUACCGUCCACGAUCAUGUUAGGUGUGAACUCUCUCCGCCUUCAAUGACAUCAUUCGCCGUACUGCUGUACUGCGAACACGACGACGAAAUUGAAGUGGCUGUGUGCACCCAUCGUUGGUAUAGUCUUCCGGGCAGGGACGACGCGCACAAUGUACAAAACAAGUAUAUAUAGGCCAUGGGAUGCGGCCGUUCUCUGCAGUUGGAACCCGACUCUUUCACAUUUAACAUCCAACCAUAAACACAUUCAGCUGACAUGUCUCCAGCUCGCGUAGGCGUUAUUGGCGCAGGCGUAUCAGGACCCGUCGCGGCCAUGCUCCUCAAGCAGAAGGGAUACGACCCCAUCCUGUACGAGCGUCUCGACGCCCCGUCUGACGCAGGCCUCGGCAUAGCCCUCCAGCCAAACGGUCAAGCGGUGCUCGCCAGGAUCCCGGGCCUGCUCGAGCACAUCGAUGCCUACCCGGUGGACGCGUUCCACUUCUACUCGGUCCUGCCCGAGGAUCCCGGCCUGCUCGGGACGAGCGACCACCCGCGCCGGCUGCGCGAGGCCACGGGGCUCGGGGCGCUCGCCGUGCGGCGGUCGCUGCUGCACCAGCGGCUCGCCGAGUUCGCGCAGAGGCUCGGCGUCACGAUUAGGUAUGGCCACAGGCUCGAGGCGCUCGCGCAGGAGGACGACGGCGUCGCCGUCACGUUCGCGAACGGCGUGCGGGAGACGUUCAGCUUUGUCGUCGGGUGCGACGGCCUGCAUAGCGGCACGCGCGUCUGCCUCUUCGGGGACACCCCUGCGGAUUAUACGGGGCUGUGUCAGUGGGGCGGCCUGUCUCCCACGCCUGACUUUUGGAAAGGGAAACAUGCGGCCGUCGACCUGUACGGAAACGGCACAUAUAUGCUCGCUGUCUCUAUGAGCGACUCCCAAACGGGUUGGGCAAUCGCCCAACGCGAGCCGGAAACCAAGGAGGAGUGGAGGUCGAUUGACGCUGCUGCUGCUGAGAACUUCAAGAACAGCUCGCCGUGCGGCGAGUGGCCCUAUGGCGCAAGAGAGCUAGUGAAGAAUAGCACGAAGAUCGUCAAGUACGGUAUCUACGACCACCCCGAGCUGAAGACGUGGUACCAGGGACGGGUCGUCCUCGUCGGAGACGCCGCACACCCUGCCAGCCCCUACCUUGGCCAGGGCGCAAACCAGGCCUACGAAGACAUCGGUCUCCUGAUCGACCUCCUCGAUAAACACAACCCCUCGGCGGAGUCGCCGUCGACGGAGACGCUGACGGUCGUCUUUGGAGAGCUCGUGCGAGGGCGCCUGCCGCGCACAGCAGACCUUGUGAAGAAGGCCCGCGCGCAGGGCGAGAUGCGCACCGUCUCGGGUGUCGAGGAGUGCAUCAAGCGUAACAACUUUUACCGUGAUAUGUGCUCCGACCCUGCCAAAAUGAAGGCGCGCUUCGGUGUGUGAGCUACUGCUGCGGUGAUUGCUGUGUGUGUAAUGGGUACAUACCAAGAAUGCUGUCCCAGAAUUUUUACUCUUCUGUAGUAUCUCACGAUGAU